UUUACGAGUCGCUUAUUUUGAACGAAAUAAACAAAACAAAACAAUUUUAAAACCCAAUUGCAUCUUCUCAUUUUACUCGCCCCCAACAUCUCUACACACUGGUUGUCUCGCAAAGUCGAGUUGGAUCCACUCUGUCAAGGGAGUUUCUGCUGCAUUUUGUUGAUUUAUUUGGUUCAGAUUAGGAAUCUUUGGGAACCCUUUUUGUUAUCAUUCUUUUCAUCUUCAUAUCUAGGAGGAUUUAGUGAUUCAUUGGGAUUAAUCUUGAUUUGGUAAUUUUGAGUGUGACUUUGGAUUUGAUUGAUUUAUAAAUUCUAGUCAUAGCCCAAGUUUUGAAUUGUUGGCAAAAUGAGUGAAGCUAAGGUGAACCAGCCUUUGAUCCCACCAUCUUAUUUGCGAAAACUUCCUGAUUUUAAGCAGUCUAUUAAGUUAAAGUAUGUUAAACUUGGCUAUCAUUACCUUAUUACUCAUGGAAUGUACCUAUUUUUAUCCCCUCUUGUGGUUGUUCUUGCGGCUCAAUUGUCUACAUUUUCGCUCCGAGAUAUCUACAUUCUUUGGGACCAUUUGAGGUUCAAUCUUAUAUCGGUGGUUGUUUGUUCGACCCUUCUGGUCUUUCUUUCAACCCUCUACUUCCUUACCCGUCCUCGCCCUGUUUACCUUGUUAACUUUUCAUGCUAUAAACCUGAAGAGGAUAGGAAAUGCACGAGGCAGACUUUCAUGGAGAAAUCCAAGCUCACAGGCAACUUUACGGAUGCAAACCUUGAUUUUCAGAGGAAAAUUCUUGAGAGGUCAGGUCUUGGCGAAGAUACAUACCUUCCUGAAGCUGUACUUAGAGUACCUCCAAAUCCGUGUAUGGCGGAAGCAAGAAAGGAAGCUGAACUUGUGAUGUUUGGUGCUAUCGAUGAGCUCUUAGCGAAAACCUCUCUGAAGCCGAAAGACAUUGGGGUUUUAAUUGUCAACUGUAGUUUGUUUAAUCCCACCCCUUCUCUUGCAUCUAUGGUUAUUAAUCAUUACAAACUUCGAGGGAAUAUCUUGAGUUAUAAUCUUGGUGGGAUGGGUUGCAGCGCUGGUUUAAUCUCAAUCGAUUUAGCUAAAGAUCUUCUUCAAGUCCAUCCCAAUUCAUAUGCUCUAGUAAUCAGCAUGGAGAACAUCACAUUGAAUUGGUAUUUUGGAAAUGAGAGGUCAAUGCUUGUUUCUAAUUGCUUAUUCCGUAUGGGAGGGGCUGCUAUUCUGCUUUCAAACAAGAGGUCAGAUCGGCGUCGAUCCAAGUACCAGCUGGUCCAUACUGUCAGAACCCACAAAGGUUCCGAUGACAAAUGCUUUUCUUGUGUUACUCAAUUGGAGGAUCCUGCUGGAAAAGUUGGAGUUGCUUUGUCAAAGGAUCUGAUGGCCGUUGCUGGGGAUGCUUUGAAGACCAAUAUAACUACACUUGGUCCUCUUGUGCUGCCAAUGUCUGAACAGCUGCUCUUCUUUGCUACAUUGGUCGGGAAGAAACUUUUCAGGAUGAAGAUAAAGCCUUACAUCCCAGAUUUUAAACUUGCAUUCGAGCAUUUCUGCAUUCAUGCUGGAGGAAGAGCUGUGCUGGAUGAACUGGAGAAGAACCUGCAGCUCAGUGAUUGGCAUAUGGAGCCAUCAAGGAUGACACUUAAUCGAUUUGGAAACACUUCUAGCAGCUCUCUGUGGUAUGAAUUGGCAUAUUCAGAAGCAAAAGGGAGGAUCAAGAAGGGAGAUAGAGCAUGGCAGAUAGCAUUUGGUUCUGGAUUCAAGUGUAAUAGUGCAGUUUGGAAGGCUCUGAGGACUCUCAACCCCGCAAAGGAGAAAAGUCCAUGGAUGGAUGAGAUUCACAAAUUCCCAGUGGAUGUUCCAAAGGUCUCUGCUGUCUAAAGUCUGAGAAAGUAUAAUUUUAUUACCAACUGCAUUUUACAUAAUUCUGCUUCGUGUCAGAUUAUUGGAGUUACUCAGGGUAGUGGGGAAAUGACUAGAGCAUGUCUGGUUAAAGAUUAGUCGUGUUUGUUUAAGAUUACAAAUUGUAACCUGGUGAUGACCAAAAUUUAAAUCUUAUUUAUUGGCAGAUGCGUAUUGGCAUGAAUAUUUAUUUUGGGGCCCAACUUUAAAUAAGCUGGUCUACUUUAAGCCGUUUCAUAAUGAUUUUGAAAUCUCAUUUGCAUUUA